GCGGUUUCUUUUCCGUGUAUAGGUCAGUGCCCUGAGAUGUGAGAGAUUGGGCGGUGUGUGUGUGUCUUAGCAACAGACAUAACCGCUGUCUCCUAUGUGUCCCUGUACAGGAAGCAGGAGGGAGGAAGGCGAGACGGGGUCUGGAGUUGUGGGGAUUUCUUUGUAAUCAGCUGGGCUCUUUGCACAGUGGCUCAGCACUGGGUGCAUCAGUGCAUCUCCUUCCUUGCACCUUGGUUGCCUCUACCUGGCUUUUCAUGCUGGAAGUGGCCAGUGAGGGCUUCAGGUCUCCAAAAGGGGAAAGGGAGGGGAAAGGGAGAGAAUCUUAAAUAAACACCCCCGCCCUCCAGGAAUGAUGCUGAAAUCCAUCCGUGUCACUGAGAAACUUCACUGGCCACAAAGGGAACUCUCCACAAAGAGACUCUUAACUCCUGAAGAACAUGAACUGAUUCUUCAGAAUGAAAGCCCCGUUCAGAACUUGUCCCACUCCGGAAUCCUGAAGGACACGUUCACCACAGGGACUAGCAGCGACAAUGUCCUCCUGCAAAGCAAAGAGGGGAAAAAGCACCUGUUGCAAAAGCAUCCCUCAGUGUAUCCCAAACGGCACCGAAAGGCCACCAAAUCCUCCUGCAGACUGAGAAGCAAUGAGCACCACAAGCUCAGAGCUUCCCGGCCUUUCUUUCGAGGUGGGUGGUGCUGCCUCAGUCGACAGCCCUCCCUCUUCAUCACCGGCCCGGUGACCCCCAGUGGCAGGUUAUCUCACAGCAUUUCCGUGGCAGGUUGUGGCAUCGCGCCCUCCCCCCGGCCCAAGGCCAAACGGCGUUCUCCCUCCAGCCUGCCCAAACCAAAGCAGCUGCCACCCCCCAAAAGUUGCUUAAAGGAGGGUGAUGCCGCCGGGCGGAAAUUCUGUAUCCUCACGGCCAUCAAGCCUUCCAAUGUGGAGCGAGAGAAGGCGAAGUUCUUCAAGUCUGGUUAUAGCUACAACCCGCAGUUUGAGUACGCAAAUCCAGCAUUGUCCAACGUGUUGGAAAAGCACAGCCAAGCCUCGGGCACUUUUCUAAAGCAGGCCAUCAAAAUUAUGGAACUGACUUUGCAAAAAUACGGAAGCUAUGAAAAUUUUGAGCUGGCUACAGGGGGCAGCCUCCUUUCUAGAGCUCGCAUCUGGAGCCAUGUCAGGAAAUACAUGGCGAAGGAAGGUUGCCUGGGCGAGAUUGUGGUUCACGUCACUGAAGACUUGCUUUCUCGAGCCUCGAUGACAGUCAUGAAUGGCCGUCCAACUCUGACAAUCAAUAUUGCUACUGCACGCGAGCAUUGGCUGGAAGGAAUGUUAAGGCAUGAAAUAGGAACUCACUAUCUUAGGGGUAUUAACAACAACAGUCAACCCUGGAGCAACUGGCCAGGUCGCAGAAAGCAUGGACUAAAACCCAUCAACCCCACGGAGGAAGGUUUGGCAAGCAUUCAUAGCGUUCUCUUCCGAAAAGACCCAUUUCUAUGGAGGGCCGCCCUUCUCUAUUACACCGUCUACCAAGCUAGUCAAAUGUCCUUUAGCGAUCUAUUUCUGGAUAUUGGAAGGUUUGUCAAGGACCCCAAUACAAGGUGGGAUUAUUGUGUUCGAGCCAAGAGAGGUUGGACUGAUACAUCCCAGCCUGGCUGCUUCAGUAAAGAUCAAGUGUACUUGGACGGCAUCCUUCGAAUUCUGAGAUACCGGCAAUCCAUUGAUUUCUACUUACUGACAGCCCUAGGAAAGGUUUCCUACGAGGAUGUGGAACGCCUGAGGGAAUUUGCAGUGCUUGAAAACAUGAGGGUGCCACACUUCUUGCAAGACCACAUCCGGUACAUGGAGCACUUGGAGAAGAUCAUGGAAGUCAACGAGCUGUCGGACAAGGAGCUCCAAGCACUUGUUCCUUAGGGCGGCCAUGGUUUUUUUGCUCCCUGUCAGCUUCACAGUUCUACUGAAUUGGGAUGAUUUGACCUUAUAUUGAUGCCUGGCAGCACCUGAAUUCUUUAAAACUGCCUCUCUCUUUUUUUGAAAAAAAGAAAAAAAGUUAAGAAAGAAACCCGCAUCUACUGACUGAUGAAUCUUUUCAGUUUUUAAACACCCCCCCUCCCCCCGCACUCAUUUUCAUUCCUUUCUCCAGGUAUAUGUUAGAUUUUGUAAAUUUGUGAGAUUAAAUUAUAGAUUGAACACAGACACAUUCUUUAAGAAAUCCUUGACACAGAUUCUUUCUUGUCUCCCAUUUACAAGUUCUGUAUUCUGAGGAAUGAAUUUGUGAUUUUUAUAAAACGGUCGUACCGAUUCAGCCUAUCGUAAUGAAUUUUUAAAAGUUCAUUCUCCCAGUGGCCUGAUUGUUGGAUUUGGAUCUUCCAGCAUGACUCCCGUUUCCUUCAUGGGGAGGAUUAUACGCACAGAUGUACAACGGGGUAUUGUUCAGUCCUGCUAUAGAUGUACUGUUUCUUACUGUGUGCUGUCAUUGGACCCUAUUAAUAUGUUGACUGGUCUUAUACCAGAGUCGACUGGGAAGGUCCUCCAAUAAAAAUGAAAACUUUGUCACA